UCCCAUCAAACCCUUCGCGGGGCGAGUAGUUUCCUAUCAAGAUGGCAGCUCCCUUGGCUCUGCUUUUGAUUGUAGCUGUUACAAUUCGUGCAGCGCUUUUUAGAACAAGUUUAGCGAAUUUAAUUUCAGAGAGAGUAGAGGUUGUUUCUCCUUUAAAUGCCUGGAAAAGAGUGGUUGAAGGUUUGGCUCUGCUGGACCUCGACAUUUCCCCAUACUCUGGAGAUGUCUUCCAUGAGACUCCUAUGGUCAUCUACCUCUUCCACUUCCUGAUGGACUACGCAGAGAUCACAUUCAUGCUAGCAGAUUGUCUUACUGCUGUGGCUCUCUACCUGGCGGUGAAGGACUACAACAAACAAGUGUUCAGGAAGCAGAAAUUCGCUCUGGAGGCUGAUCGCAUCCCCAUGGACUGUCUCGAACUCAUCAGAAGUCCCACGGAAAUGUACUACAUUCCUCUCAAAGUAGCCAUGUUUUACCUACUGAAUCCGUUCACCAUCGUGUCCUGUGUAGCCAAGUGCACCUGUGGCCUCAACAAUGCUGUCAUUGCCCUAUUCAUCCUGUCCACCAUGAGAGGAAGUGCCUUGUUGAGUGCUAUCUUCCUGGCGCUAGCCACCUACCAGUCCAUCUACCCUCUUACCCUAUGUGUCCCUGCACUGCUCUACCUGCUGCAGCGUCUGUAUAUCCCGGUGAACGUGAGGCGGUCUAGCUUCUGGUUCUACACGCUGCAGUAUCUAUUCAUGUUCCUGGGAAGCCUCCUCGUCCUGAUAUGCCUUUCCUUCUUCCUGUUGGGCUCCUGGGAUUUCCUGCCUGCCGUCUACGGCUUCAUUCUGUCUGUGCCGGACUUGACUCCGAACAUCGGUCUCUUUUGGUAUUUCUUCGCCGAGAUGUUCGACCACUUCCGCCUCUUCUUCCUCUGCGUCUUCCAGAUCAACGUGUUUUUCUACACCCUCCCGCUCUCCAUCAAGCUCAAGGAACACCCAGUGUUUCUGAUCUUCAUGCAGAUUGCUUUGAUCGCCAUUUUCAAGUCGUACCCCACGGUGGGAGACCUCUCCCUCUACAUGGCCUUCCUGCCAGUCUGGAACCACUUAUACAGGUUCUUAAGGAACAUCUUCCUGGUGAGCUGCGUGUUGUUGGCGUGUUCAGCUCUGUUCCCAGUACUCUGGCACCUCUGGAUCUAUGCCGGCAGCGCCAACUCCAACUUCUACUACGCUAUCACACUGCUAUUUAGUGUGGCUCAGAUCCUGCUGGUCUCGGACUAUUUCUACGCCUUCCUGCGGAGGGAGCACCACCUGACCAACGGGCUGUACCUGAAGAAGAAGGACGGCUCUGAGGCCACGCUGGUGCUCAAAUAAGACACACGCAUGCACAACUAAAUACAUACACACACACCUGAACUCUGACCUUUAUGUGGCAAAGGUUGUUGUCAUGGAACCAACCUGGGCAGUGCAUUGUCACUCGCACACUGCCUGUUUUCAGACAUUUUAGAUCACCCCGUUUUCUUUCUUUGCAUCUUAUUUUGAAGAGUCCUCCAGAGAGUCCUCCUCCAAGACAGCCCUCUUUACCCAUAGCCUCUUAUUUUAAAAAUAUCCGAGUCCGACUCACUUGAGGGGUUUCCUAGUGUGGUUAACCUCAAAGAGAAACAGAAUGUCUCGUAUGAGCAGUUCAUUCCAAUUAAAAGACUCGCUAACUCUGCAUGUCAUUGCUGAGAACUAGAUGGACUUGAUAUUGAGAAGUAUAUUGGUGUAACACUAUGCAUGCUUCCGCUCAAUGUUUUACAAUUACAUGAGCUCAACAGCGAUCAAAGUUUUGCUUUAAUUUAUUGUCAGUCGCAGGCCUUGAAUGUUUGCUCUUCAAUUUCUCAAAUUCAGUUUAACCCCAACAGGAUGUUAUGAGGAGUUCCAGCUAUUAAGCUAACAUUAAACAUCCGUGCGUUAAAAUCCUUUUACUACCAUCCUCCAACACAUUCAGCAUGGUUGUUGUUUAAUGGUUAAUUUGAUUCGUGGACUAUUAUGCUUGGACUGUUCAAUCAAGAGAAGAAUAUAUACUGGUUUCAUUAGAACAGUAAGUUCUGUGAAACUUGGAAUAGCUAAGGGAAAUCUAAUUAUAACCGUUUCUGUUUCUAUCUAUCUCUUCUAAUACGACUUUCAAAGGAUUUCUCUGCCCAGUGUUGGCGACGGCAGCAGAUGCCCGAUGAAAACUUUAUUUUCUUUGGUCCUGGAUUCGCACCAAUGGACAUUAAGUCCUCAGUGAAAUCAAGAGGAAAUCCUAAUUUAUUAAUUUAUUUUCUACAUUGGAUGCUUUGGGUUCUUUAUUUGUUUUGCCUGGACUUUCCUAUGCGUUGUUUUGAUACUGUACAUAUUUUAAUGUUAGGUUUUAUGAAUGAUAUGUUGGUUAACAGUGCUUUUUUAAAGGGGUGAUGAUGAAUGUUAUGAAAUGAUCAAAGAAGUUAUGAAUGAUGUGUAUAAAAAGGGUUGUUAAUAAACUUCAGGUUAUUAUUAAAUCUA